AUGUUAACCCUAACCGUUGGAUACGUUUCCGGUAUCAUAGCGGCUGCGAUUUUCGUUCUCCAAUUCGUGAUUCCCAAUGCUUUGAUUGUUGUGUUGGUCGGAUUUUUGAAAGAUGAGCACAGUGCAGUCACAUGGUCGGUGGUCGAAAGGAAUCUGUUGAGUUCCUGGUGGCCGCUGUUCUUGCGCGCCGAUUCUGCAGCAAGCAGAGGAGUGGAUCAGCGGGUUGUGUACCUCAGUUGGAUUCGACCUCUCACUCUUGGUCUUGUGACUAUCGCAGCCGUCGUCACCCCACUAGGCCUGUACGAGGAUGUUGUGCCAGCACGCAACGUCCAGAAUGUUGAGUUCGCGUACAUGCAGGACUCCUCACCCAUGGGUUAUGGAACGCCUACCCGUGCCAAUGGUGCUAUAGGCUUCACUCGAACUUGCGGAGGCUUUCUGCCUAUGCAAUGUCCUGGAACCACUGUGGACAUAGAUCUGGGCGGUAAUGACACUGUUCUCACUUCGAACAUUACCAACGACGACUAUGACAUUCGCAUUCCGACGGUCCUAGCUGAGCUCUACCAAAGUGGUCUUGCAGAGCAACCACAAAGUGUAUCCAGCUUCUUCGAUAUUCAAUCGCGACAGUAUUCAUUUCAAACCUUCAGAGGUAUCCUCGACAAUGCGACAUAUGUUGUUAGCAACUUUCGAUACCUCACCAGUGUCAUCCUCAAUGAUGCAAUCGAGGCUGUCGAGGGCCUAGUGGUGAACACCAAGACUGGAGGGAUUGGCUUUCGGAAUCAUACCGUACCCCUGGGGUUGCAGUAUGGGGCUGAGUGGACGGAGGAUUUGCUCUGGAUGGAGCCUGAGACCGAAUGUGUGGACACGAACAUUACCAUUGAGUUUCGCAUACCCGAAACGGGACAAACAAGCUAUGCACUGGAGGAGAUAUGGCUGGUAGACAACGGAGGGUUUGCCAACUUAAUCCAGGAAUGGCCGAGGGUUGACUUACGCGAUUCUCAGACAAAUCCGAAACUUCGCGACAGAGCGUAUAAAGCAAGCUGGAUGGUAAACGCUUAUGCUAUGCUUACCAUGAAUAUUACUCGACCUGCACCGGACGCCUUUGGAUACCUCAAUUCCAAGGUGGGGGAUAAGUAUCCUGUAACCGAUGAACAGACCAGAGGUGCAUUAGUUGGAGGAGUCUAUUUUGACGCCCUCUUCAAUUCACUCUUAGAUCCUGACGCCUAUCUGUCGAAUAGCUCCAUUGCCGAGAAUCCGCAACUGAACUACUCAAACCCAUUUCAAGUAUCCCUUUACAAUUAUUCAGACAUAGGUCUGCUGUGUUCAGGAGCUGGUGGUGCAGACCAAGCCAACAUCAGUAAUAUCAACGUGCAAUGCGGAAUGGUUUUCGGGGCCGCUCAACGAAAGGAUGGAUCGCAAAGUCUGGUCUUUGAGCCCGGAUCGCUCUGGACUCAGCCAGUCUACAGCUGUGCAUCCACCGUAAAGGCCAGCAUCAAGCAGGUGACCUUCAACCACAACGUGACCGAACGGACGGGCAACACGCUCCAGGCUCUGUCGGUGAUCGGUGUGGCUGAAAAGAACUAUACUGACAAUCAUUCGAUGCCUCUGUGGGGGAUGGAGAAUCUUCCUAAUUGGAAUCUCAGCGACAUCAGUCAACUCUGGGGUCUCGUCUCACCUGAGCUGGAGAACUCUGUCAAUUUGUCCACGAUCCGGGCUCCUCAUCUCUAUCUUCCUGGGUAUGGAGGGUUCUUCACGGCAGGAAUCCCUGCUUCAACGAAUCUACCCGCAGCGGAGGGGAUUACAGAUCUCCUUGCUGGUCUCUAUGCCUACCGAAGUUCCAGCAGCAACAUGCCCGACCUGUCCGGACAGGCAAACAUGCCCUUGUAUGCGAAAUGGAGAGACUUGAGCGCCAGUGCUGAAAAGAUCAAGAAGAUACCCAAUCUGAUAUGGACAGACUUGGCUGCGCAGAUGUUGGUUGGGACAAGAAGUUGGAGCUCGGGGAAGACUUUGCCUUCCAAUCUAAACAAACGCGACGAGUCGAGCGACGGGAGCGACGCGAGGACAACUGUGCCAGUCACUGUGUACUCAAGACGCAUUCGGUAUCACUUGCCGUUUGCAAUUCCAGCUUUUGUCGCCCUCUUCGUUUUCGCGGCCGUGCUCCUUGCAUCACUUGCAUCGUUGGUAUCUGGGAGAGGCACGCCAGGACGCAUCCAACAAUAUCUCUUCCACUUGAGUGCCGGGCGGUUGCUCGGGGCAAUGCAAUAUCCUGGUGAUUGUGACAGGCGGGCGCCAACCAAGGUUUGGAUUGAUCGAGUAGGCAUCCAACCCAUUGACCUGCGGGAUCAGGGAGGAUUGGAUGGCACCAAUUCUUUACUCUUGAACACUACUCCGAGUAAUGGAAAUGUCUUGGGUCCUGAGAAACCUGAUGGGGUCGCACACACGAAUGAGAUACAUACCACCUUGGGGAAGAAUGGAAAGUUCUCUGCACUUCAACCUGAAAAUGCUACGAGCAGAGUGCCUGAGAAUGGCGCGCAGACCUAG